ACACCAGUGCUCAAUACGUCAGACGGGUUGCUAUGAAACGCCUGCUAAUAAUGUAAACAAAAAACACAACAAGUGCGUUUUUAAGGUGCAAUAGAAUAUUAUAAAACAAAGCAUAAUGAAUGAAUUGAGUGCAAGUGUACCUGAACCUAAGAAAGUGGGUGUAUGGGCUGAAGGAACUCACAUUGAGGCGAAAGAAUUCGUGAUACCCAAGAAAUCACCCGACUCUAGCGAUGAUAUACCAACAAUACCUGACCUCGAUGAUCUACAAGACAUACUGGAGAAGGAAAUAUCUAUGCCACCUGUAUCUGAUCACAAAGAUACAGAAACUGUCAACGCCCUGUCAGAAGUUGGAGGUGGCUUAUCAGGCACAGCGGACAGCAUUGAGGCAGUACUAGAAGUACUCAACUCUUACAUUCCUCACGAGGAGAUGGAUUCUGCAGAUACUGUGUGGACAGUAGACUCCUUGCUCCAAGAACUGGCUGAAGAGAGCCAGGAAUAGGAGUACCAUAUUAGGGAAAAUUCAAAUCUGUAAAUUAAACAGUUUUUUUUAUGAGCUUAAAAACAGUAAUUUUGUGUUAAUUACAACAAGAAUGAUGAGUUAUACCCACCUAUAAAUUAAUUACUGAAAAUUUUAAA